CAAAUAUGUGCUACUGUAAUUGCAACGUUGCCAAGCGUACUGUUAAUUUAUGACAAAAUUUUUAAUAAGAGACAAAAGUUAUUAAAAAAAAUGACAUGUUUGGUCCUUAAGUGAAUAAUAACAACCGGUAAAAAUAAUAAAAAAUCAAUUAAUUAUCUGAUUAAAGUUAUUAACAUUAGUGAUAAGUGGAAUGUUCAAGUGACAGCUACUGUGUUACGCAGCUCCGUGUGAUGCCGUACUUAUUAUUACCACUAAAAUGGAAUCAAUAAUUGAAAUAGACAAAAAAAAUAUUUGUAAUUAUUACUACCAUUAUGUAUUUAUGAUUCCCGUGUACGACAAAUAGUUAAAUGUGUAUUUUAAAUAAAGUAUUGUCAUUUUCUCCAUAGCAAUGUCUACACUUGGCAACGCAGCAAUCUUUUCCCGUUUGGUGCUCAACAGUACGCCUCAUCCUAGUCAUAAGAAAAUUCCUUCAUUUAUUACAUACAAUAUAAUACAAUAAAAUAUGCAUAUAAACAAAUAAUAUUUACGUUUUAAACCAUCAGUUAAAACAAUUUAACUGUCUCAAUAAAUUAAAUCCGUUGCUUUUUAAAAGCAAUACUCGUUAUUAAUUUCAACAAACAAAAGUGUAUACUCAAUAAGGGUUAUACUUGCGCAUGCUUCAUCGUGUCAGAAGCAACAGUUUAACAAAGCGGCAAAGUUAAAACCAGUAUUAUGUUUUAUUUAUCAAGUACCUCCAGUGUCACUGAAGUGAUAGCCCGAUGAUGAACGAAGAUUCCUCGGCGUUGUGUCCAACCCGAGCAGCGCAGUCCAGUCAUGUAUGUGUCAAGAAUAACCUGAGGUUGCAAUAAUUCUCCAGUUAGCUCCAAAAUGGAGGAGCCAGCAAAGAAGAAGCAAAGAAUAGUCAGCGAGGACUACGAUGACGACAACGAGGAGCUUAUCACCGACAUGGAGAGGUUCCAAAAGAGCCUGUUGGAGCAGUGUUUGUGCGGGAUCCCGGAGAGCAGCCUCCGUAAGCCGUUCGUAAACUCCUCUCGGUCGGGUCGGAGUGGCGUGUUGUCCGAGUGGGACCCGGAGAGAACUUUGGAGUACAUAAGUGGGCUGCAGUUGCUUUUCGAGCUCGCGAUAAAGCAGAACAAGCGCCGGAGAAUGUGUCGUAGGGUGGUAAACGUCUGUGAAGCUUUAACGAGGAACGAGUACGGGAUCAUCGACCAGCUGAUAGACUUAUCCUGCACGUCCAAUAAGUUUGUGUCUUUCACAGCGAGCCGAGCUCUGGCUUCCUUUUUUAUCAUCACCAAGAACACGGAGGAGCGCUGGCUGGAGAGACUGACCCACUCGCUGGUGAACACCAGCUCGCCCAGCCAGAUGCUCUUCACGCUGGACAUCAUCAAGCGAGUUGUUGAGCACAAGGACUACGGAGUGACUCCUGGGGAUGAUUCCGAGAGUCAGUACUCGCCUCCUAACUGCGAUUACCUGGACGUGUCCGAGUCAGAAGGGCUGGACAGCACUCCGGUGAAGGCGAUGUGUGUCAAAGCCCUGGAGUCUAAAUGGUCGGUGCUGGUUAAUAAAUUCGACGCGAUACUCGGGUCUUAUACCCCGCAGCACGAGUCAGCGGUGAUAACUUUCCUGGAUCUGUGGGAGUCGAUCAUCUCGGUGAAGGCCAACCUGUCGGUGAUCGACACCAAGCUGUUCUACUCGCAGCUGGACAGCCUGGUGGUGCUGCUGAACAACAACGUCCCGGGAAUAAUUUGGAGGCACUUACUGGGAUUAUUCAACGAGGUCCUGUGCUACGGGAGCACGCUCUCGCUCCAGGACAACCUUCCAGAGGAGCCGUGCUCGCUGGCGCAUGUUGUAGUGAGAGCUGUUAAAGACUGGAGGCUCCUUGAUGGGCUGCCUUAUAGACACGGCUCCGGGAGAUUCGGUGGCGGCUCGGGGGACGGAGACAGACCGCUGCUGCAGAAGCUGGUCUUGCUGGUGCUGAAGAGCGUCGCGGUGACGGUCAAAGAGACCCGGAGCGACACCAGUGAUUCUUCGCUAGGAUCAGAGGCUGAGGAUUUAGAUGCGGACAUGGCGGUGAUAGAACGGAGCAUCCGCGAGGUUUUGAGACAGCUGGAUCAGUGCGUGAAGAAUCUUAUGCCUUUUCACCCCGUGAUGCCGCUGUCUCAGUGGGUUGUUCAAUUAUUUCAUGACCAAGAUGAUUCACUGAUUGAAGGGAUGGUUUGCUGUUUAGACGUCGCUGUUGGACUGUUCUACCGCGGGCCUCCUCAGAAUGAACUCGCGCAAAUGCUCAGUCCUACUCUGACCUUUGUGCAAUUUAUUAAAGCUGUUUCUCACGACCACGAAGUGCUCUUGGAUUAUCUUGUUAGCAACGAAACUUGCUUUUUACUCUAUUUACUUAGGUUUCUUAAGUAUAUCAAGCGUAAUUGGCAUGAAUUCGUGUCAUGUUGUGGUAGAGACUUGGAUGAUACCAUGACAGUUCUUAUAAGACUACGGAUAUCUAUUAAUAGACUUGUGUCUAAAUCGUUAUUCCCUUAUAAUAUUGCUCCUGUAUUACAUUUAUUAGGAAAAUGCGAGUCUCGUUACGACGGUAUAGACAAUUGAACUUAUCACAGUAUUACGUCUGAAUUAAUUAUUAAUUAUUAAUAAUAUGUUUUUUUUUUCGAUAAUUAUUUUUUACUAUAUGCGAAUAUUUA